CCUAGCAGCGGGCCGUAGUGGAAAGGAGGGAGGAACCUGUCAGACAGCAGCAGAGGAGGGGGCGGGGCCUGUCCGGCUCGGCACAGUAGUAGCGGCUAUCAGGAUGAGUGCAGGAGGAGCCUCCCCGCCAGGACUACAGCUCCCGGCACCCCCCGCUGCGAGGACGGCCGGGGACAUGGCGGACCUGCCCCCGUUCAUCCUGGGGAGGCCUCGCUUCGGGCAGAGCACAUUUUAUGGAAGAUUUCGACACUUCCUGGACAUCAUCGAUCCACGCACACUUUUUGUAACGGAGAGUCGCCUUAAGGAGGCCGUACAGCUUCUGGAGGAUUAUAAACAUGGAACACUGCCCCCCGGAGUCUCCAAUGCAGAGCUCUGGGCAGCUCAGAAGAUAAAACAGGCCAUCAUACACCCGGAUACGAAUGAGAAGAUAUUCAUGCCUUUCCGAAUGUCAGGUUAUAUUCCCUUUGGGACCCCCAUAGUUGUGGGUCUUCUGCUGCCUAACCAGACCCUUUCUUCCACUGUCUUCUGGCAGUGGCUGAAUCAAAGUCACAAUGCAGGUGUCAACUAUGCAAAUCGCAAUGCUACCAAGCCUUCUCCAACAUCCAAGUUCAUACUGGGAUAUACUGGAGCUGUGAUCAGCGCGGUCUCUAUAGCGGUCGGCCUUAACGCUCUGGUCCAGAAAGCAAACAAAUUCACCCCGGCUACCAGGCUCUUCAUCCAGCGCUUUGUGCCCUUCCCGGCUGUAGCCAGUGCCAAUGUUUGUAACGUGGUGUUAAUGAGACACAGCGAGCUGGAAGAGGGCAUCGACGUGCUGGACAGCAGCGGACAGAUCGUCGGCUCAUCGCGGAUAGCUGCCAAACACGCGCUGAUAGAGACGGCUCUGACGAGAGUGGUGCUGCCCAUGCCGAUUCUGGUUCUACCUCCCAUAAUAAUGUCUGGACUUGAAAAGACAUUCCUGCUGCGAACAUACCCAAGACUGGUCCUCCCAGUGCAUAGCCUUGUGUGCCUUGCUGCCUUCGGCCUGGCUCUCCCUCUAGCCAUCAGUCUCUUCCCACAGAUGUCUGAGAUUGAGACCUCUCAACUAGAGCCAGAGAUCGCAAAGAACACCACCUGCCUCACGGUGGUCUACAACAAAGGAUUGUAAGCCAAAAUCCAUCACCUCAUCACGGAGCAGCGAGGAAGAGCCCCCUAGUCACUCAGCGUGGAGCGGAGAAGAGACAAGUGCACCUGUACUCUUCUUCUCUGACAGCUGGGAAAUUUUCACACCUUCACUCCACUGUACCUCACCAGACUAGUAGACACGCCACAUUCAAGGUUUAGCAUCGCUGCAGGGAGGACAAGAAGCUGCACAAAUCUGCACCAAAAGCUCAAUCAACAUCUUUAGUCUUCAGAUGAAGAAUACAUAACCCACCAUUACUGCAUGAAGAGUGAAUCUACCCACGUGCCAAGCCUGCAGACCCAGUUUAAUGUCCAAAACACGUUGACUGAUGCCACAUGGCCCGGUUUUGAUCUUGUUGGGCAUAGUCUAAAGCCAUAUGGCAACAAAUGAUGUCACCUGUCUCGCUCCUGUGCCCAUUAGACGCAGGUGGACGUCGCACAACUAGGUCCUGUUUUGAUUUUAGGCAAAGCUUGCGCCCACAUGUCCCAGUCCUGUUUUUACUGGACCCGGUGGGGUUUUAAUGAAGGUGACCCUUUUUCAUUAACAUCAGCUGAUGUCACAUGACCCAGCUUUGUGUCUAUUAUCAGAUUUUACAACACUAACAAAUGACACAGAUUUGUAGGCCUGGCCUUGUGUCAUUCUUCUAGAUCUCAGGUUCACAGAUUUUAGUUGUUUCGUGAGAAUAGUCCAUUUUGGUGGAGUGUAGACUCAGGAGUUUCACAGUCAUGUUGGGAUCACUUAUGCCACGUGCACACGGCCGGAAUUUCCAAUGGAAAAAGUCAGAUUGGAGCUUUUCAUCGGAUAUUCCGACCGUGUGUAUGCCCUAUCGGACU